AUGCGCGCAAGUGAGGAAGGGAGAGAUAGACGCGCAAGUGAGGAAGGGAGAGAUAGAUGCGCAAGUGAGGUAGAGAGAGAUAGAUGCGCAAGUGAGGUAGGGAGAGAUAUGCGCGCAAGUGAGGAAGGGUGCACAAGUGAAGUAGGGAGAGAUAGACGCACAAGUGAAGUAGGGAGAGAUAGACGCACAAGUGAGGUAGGGAGAGAUAGGCGCGCAAGUGAUGUAGAAACAGUUAGGCGCGCAAGUAAGGAAGGGAGAGAUAGAUGCGCAAGUGAGGUAGGGAGAGAUCGAUGCACAAGUGAGGUAGAGAGAGAUAGGUGCGCAAGUGAGGUAGAGAGAGAUAGAUGCGCAAGUGAGGUAGGAAGAGAUAGGUGCGCAAGUGAGGUAGGGAGAGCUAGACGCGCAAGUGAGGUAGGAAGAGAUAGAUGCGCAAGUGAGGUAGGGAGAGAUAGAUGCACAAGUGAGGUAGGGAGAGAUAGGCGCGCAAGUGAUGUAGAAACAGUUAGGCGCGCAAGUAAGGAAGGGAGAGAUAGAUGCGCAAGUGAGGUAGGGAGAGAUCGAUGCACAAGUGAGGUAGAGAGAGAUAGGUGCGCAAGUGAGGUAGAGAGAGAUAGAUGCGCAAGUGAGGUAGGAAGAGAUAGGCGCGCAUGUGAGGUAGAGAGAGAUAGGUGCGCAAGUGAGGUAGAGAGAGAUAGAUGCGCAAGUGAGGUAGGAAGAGAUAGGUGCGCAAGUGAGGUAGAGAUAGAUAGAUGCGCAAGUGAGGUAGGAAGAGAUAGGUGCGCAAGUGAGGUAGGGAGAGAUAGACGCGCAAGUGAGGUAGGAAGAGAUAGAUGCGCAAGUGAGGUAGGGAGAGAUAUGUGCGCAAGUGAGGUAGGGAGAGAUAGGCGCUCAAGUAAAGUAGGGAGAUAUAGACGCGCAAGUGAGGUAGGGAGAGAUUGGCGCGCAAGUGAGUUAAGAAGAGAUAGAUGCGCAAGUGAGGUAGGGAGAGAUAGGCGCGCAAGUGAAGUGAGAGAUAGACGCACAAGUGAGGUAGGAAGAGAUAGGCGCGCAAGUGAGGUAGGGAGAGAUAGGCGCACAAGUGAGGUAGGGAGAGAUAGGCGCACAAGUGAGGUAGGGAGAAAUAGACGCGCAAGCGAGGUAGGGAGAGAUAGACGCGCAAGUGAAGUAGGGAGAGAUAGACGCGCAAGUGAGGUAGGGAGAGAUAGACGCGCAAGUGAGGUAGGGAGAGAUAGGCGCGCAAGUGAGGUAGAGAGAGAUAGAUGCGCAAGUGAGGUAGGGAGAGAUAGACGCGCAAGUGAGGUAUGGAGAGAUAUGCGCGCAAGUGAGGAAGGGAGAGAUAGACGCGCAAGUGAAGUAGGGAGAGAUAGAUGCGCAAGUGAUGUAGGGAGAGAUAGAUGCGCAAGUGAAGUAGGGAGAGAUCGAUGCGCAAGUGAGGUAGAGAGAGAUAGAUGCGUAAGUGAUGUAGGGAGAGAUAGAUGCGCAAGUGAAGUAGGGAGAGAUCGAUGCGCAAGUGAGGUAGAGAGAGAUAGAUGCGCAAGUGAUGUAGGGAGAGAUAGAUGCGCAAGUGAAGUAGGGAGAGAUAGGCGCGCAAGUGAGGUAGGGAGAGAUGGGCGCGCAAGUGAGGUAGGGAGAGAUAGGUGCCAAGUGAAGUAG